UUUCCUGUUGUGUAAACAUAUUUUCAUGUUUUUGGUUAGCUUAUUCAAGCUUCCGCUUUAUUUUUAUCAUUUAUUAUAGUCCUAUUUUUUGCUUUUUAAUACGCUCUAUUUUUUCAGGACCUCACACACCCCCCGGCUUUUACCAAAAUCAUAUUGUUCCAAAAUGCUGUCUUGGCAACCAAUGGGGAUCGUUAACCUCUUCACACCAUAAUCAUGAAAAUUCUAUGUGGCCGUCUACUGUCGACUCCCCAGAAUUGAAGACAAAUCAGCAUAAAGAAGUCCUGCCCUCAUUCAGUUUGUUUGGACCAGAAAAUUUUAAUAAUAGUGUUAGUGGAAGCGGUGGAGAUUUAUUAAAUAUUUGUGGUUCAAAAAAUAUGUUAAAUGGAAGUUAUUGUAGUAGCGGGAAACGAUCACCUAUUAUGGGGGAAUUUAUGAACGGGUUGUUGUCAGGAAGACGUUCAUCUCAUACGCCUUUAUUGGAUGAAGGUGGGGGAGAAUCUGCUCAGGCAAUGUUAGAUAUGUUAUUAGAACCUGGAAGUAUUCAAAAGGUUAAUAAUCAUAGAGCAAAUCGUUCAGUUGAAGUUUUAUCAAGAGCUAAAGAUAAUACAGGGGAAUUAUCAGCUAUUGGCGCGGAGAAAAAAGCUGCGGAUUUAUUAAAAGUAUUAUCUCCGUCCUCAAAUAAUUCAUGGGAGGUCGGGGCACGUUCAACUGGAGCUUUAAAUAAACAAUUUGAAUCAAAAUUGAUUGAGCAAUUUGGACCUCCGCCAGGAUUUGAGCCUAAAGGGAAAGAUAUUGGAGGAGAAAAACAGUGUAAAGAUGUUGGGUUGUCAAUUAAACAUGAAAUUUUGAAAAAGAAUGAGGUGUCGAUAAAACACGAAAUUUCGAUAAAACAUGAACUGUCAAAAAGUGACGAGAUGUCAAUUGACCGUUUAAUUAGAGAAAAAGUUGGAAAAUUGCCAGUAGUAAAUUGUCUGUUUGGAAGACAUGGGUCAAACGAUUCUACUGAAAAGUUAAAAAAUAAUUGUGGAUUUGAGAAGGAAGAAGAUAAAAAAGUUUUGAAUUCGACAAACAGUGAUUAUAAUCGAGGUGUAGCAAUACCUACAAAAUCGUGUGGAGAUGAUCGUUCUGUUGAUAACGAUUCCUGUUCGCCCAUAUAUGGAAGUUCCUUCCCUACAACAGCGCCUAUCUCUAGCGCUACUUUUCAACAAAUUAAUCAAUUCCAAAAUGAAUAUCCUCCUUUGGAAACGUCACCUUACGGUUCAAACAGUUCACUUCGAACACAAGUCACCUCAAACAUUGUCAGCUCACUUCGAAAAAAUCUUGAGCAAAUAUGGACAUCAAGUUUGCCAGAGAUUGAUCAAAAUUCUAAUAGUAGCAACACAAAACAAAUAGAUAAAAUGAAUUCAAAUAAAAUUGAAGAAACUGAUAGUAAAACUACAGUAAUUGAAACCACACUAAUUUCUAAUAAUGAGACUAAUAAAAGCAGCGUCACAAAAUUGUGUUAUUCCGAUGUUGUAAAGAAAGCAGUAAAAUGUGAGGAAAUUGAGGUUCUUGGGCAAGAAAUAGAAAUUAUUGGGUUGCCAUAUGAGACUGGAAAAGAUGGCAAUUUGAAUAAAAAUUUUGAGCCUGGAAGCGGGAAACAAACUUGGGCUAUGCGUGCAAUUAGAAAGUCGUGUCUUGGUGGGAAAUCUACAUCCACGCCUUCUCUUUCUCGUUCUGUUUCUAUGGGGGUUGAACAAAUUGUUAGCAAGAUGGAAAGUAAAUAA